AUAUUCGCACACCCAAAUUGUUGGUUGAUGCUGUUGUUGUUGUUGCUGUAUUCGAAGUUGGAGUUGGAGGUUACGUUUCUCCUAAACAUGCCUCCAAGUUACGAAGUUCUGAAGUCUCAUUUUAAUUUACCUGAGUGUGAAAAGUUCAUGAAAGCCUUGGCGACUUGCAAUUCUGAUGUGCAAUAAGUUUAUGAGAUUUCUUGGUACAUGUGAUAGCCAUUCCAUAUCACUCAAUAAGUGCAUUAUCGAACAAAAAGAGCUCCAAAGGCUUAGGUCCAAGGCAGUAACCAUACCAAAGCACUAUGACUAAUACCGUUGAGCCGAUUGGCUUUGAUGUGCCUGCUUUAGAUGUCUAUCCAUCAUUCACAGAUAGGUAUUUUCAAGCUAAAUACCUCGUAGAUGCAGACACAAAAGUUCAUGAAGAUCAUUGUGUACUUAUUCAUUCUAAUAGAAUAUGUGUUGUCACAUUAGCGCCUUCCCAUCCUGUGGUUGCUUUUCAGAAAACUAUUUCUUCCAUCAACUUUCAAAUUGGAGACAAAACCAAUAGGUUGAAUAAUAUUGUACAGGGAAAGCGUAAACAUGGAGCACAGGGUUUGAAACCAGAAGCAAUUUUGUGUGAAAUUCAAUGUGAAGAUGGCCUCAAGUAUUCAGUUCAAAGUUGUGUUCAUGGGAAGCUCAUAGAAAUUAAUGAGAACUUAGUGAAGAAUCCACAACUUUUGGUAGAGAAACCUAAGUCAGAUGGGUAUAUUGCCAUAAUUCUUCCACACUUAAGCAAAAAUGAUAAAUUUCAGAGCAACUUGGUUCUCGAAGAGGAGUAUAUGAAAGUUGUUGCCGAGAGGAAAGUAAAGGUAGAAAAUGUGCCUCAUACGUAGCAUUUAACAAAUUACCAAUUGAAUUCAUGUUUUUGUUUAUUUUGAAUUUGAAACGAAUAAAACUGACAAACUACCCGA